AUGGGAGAUUUAAAGAGUUUGAUACAUGAGCUAUUACAAGGAUUGGAGUUGGCAAAAAAGCUUAGAAUUUAUCUCAAUGUAUCUUCUUCUUCUUCUUCCAUUCAUGAAACACGUGAUGUUUUGAUACAAAAGAUCAUAUCCACAUUUGAAAAGGCACUUGAAAUUGUUAACCGUAAAGGACGCGUUAAUAAUCUCGCUGAAUCAUCACAACAACAACAACAGCCAUCAGCCUCGGGAACACUAGCCAUGAUCAGAAUGUUGGAUUCGCCUCCUUUAAGCUCUAGUCCACGAAGUGAAGACUCCGACCGAGAUUUUAAGAACCGUGAUGAUCACAAUACUCCAAGAAAAAGAAACACUCUACCAAUUAGAUGGACAAAACAAAUUCGAGUUACACCAGGAAUAGCACUGGAAGGUCCUCUUGAUGAUGGAUAUAGUUGGAGAAAAUAUGGCCAAAAAGACAUCCUUGGAGCCACUCAUCCUAGAGGUUAUUACAGAUGCACUCACAGAAACAUUCAAGGUUGUUUGGCAACAAAGCAAGUACAAAGAUCCGACGAAGAUCCAACAAUCUUCGAAAUCACGUAUCGAGGAAACCAUACAUGCACAAUAGGAAGUGUUUCCAAUGUGGCUGUUCCAAUUCCAAGCAUAAAUCCAAAUGCAAAUCAAGAAACAAAUGUGAACACAAACCAAGAAGUAGUGAACCUGCGAACAGGUCUAACAGUUCAGACAGAGAAUCUAGAUUUCCUCGACCAAUCAUUUGCGCCAUUAAUCCAUUUCCAUUCAAACCAUGUACUUGAAAGUAACUUUGCUGAAAACUUCAACUCCCCUGCAACUUCUGGAAUAAGUCACUUCUCCAUGUCUCCAUCUCCUAGUGUGUUUCCGAAUAUGGCUAGUGAGAUUAUUCCACCAGCUACUUCUGUUGCAAACACACCAACUGAUUUAGAUUUUCCAUUUCAACAGUUUCAAUUUGACGGAGAGAACUUCACAUUCGAUAGCUCGCACUUUUUCCCUUGA